CAAAAGCGACCAGGCAUGCGGCCCCUUUCACAGUUGGUACCUAGUUCAUGACUGUGGUCGCAAUCCGUAUUAUGGUUGGUUUCUGAUGACGCUGACACAAACUACAAAAGUCCAAUUGUCACUUUCCGUUUUGGCGCGAUCCCACGGCGAACGGCUCCCUUGUUGCCUAAGAUAUGGAGCGAUAUUAACGAUUAAAAAUUAACUCAUAGAGCUGCCUUAGACAUGGCUCCGAAGAAGGCACAGAAACGUGCCGAUGACGAUGGGGUCCUUGACAAGGCAACUCUUGAGCAGCAGGCUCAGCAGAAGGAAAGCGAGCGGCUGAAGGAGCUGGCUCUUGACACAGGGCUGCUCGGAGAUGAGGUUGGUCGCGUGACGACGCAGCUGCCUCUCUCUAAAGCCCUCGUAAAGGCGAACGGGAAGGACAUCGUUAAGAAGAGCACGAGUCGCAAAAACAGGUACCUGGUUAUUGUGAAGGCGCUGCUGGCGCCCGCAGCCGCCGGCAAGAUGGGCUCCCUAGCCCAGCUGGACAGCCGCAACCCCGUCAUGUACCUCGACUUCCCCGAGGGGCGGGUCAAGCUGUUCGGCACGCUGGUGUUCCCGCGGGCCAAGUUCAUGGCGCUGCGAGUGGGGGGCGGCGCGGCGGUGCUGGCGGAGGAUGUGUUUGAGAACAUGCUGGUGUUUUCCGAGGCCUGGUGGGUGGGCACUGCGGAGGAGAACCCCGAGGAGCGGCAGCUGCCCUGGCCGCCGCACCUCAAACCGGAUGGGGCAGGGGCGGCCAAGGGAGGGGCGGCUGCUGCUGGGGCUGCUCCCCAAGCAGCGGAGGGCGCCGUGAGGCACAGCGGCUACGACUUUGCGUAUGGAGCCGGGCCGAAACCGGGUGAGGCCGGCGGACCUUCCAAGGGCGCCGCUAAGGAGGCUGCGGCGGCUGGGAAGGACGCGGCAGCUCCUGCUGCUGCUGCGCCGGCGGCGCCGGUGCGGGAGGCAAACGGCCAGGCUGAUGCACAGCCGCCGCCAGCAGUGGCGGCGCCGCCCUCAUCCCAGCGGCCGCAGCGCACCGCCGCUCGCCGCUCCUACCGGGAGUCACCCGAGGAGGGCGGCAGCAGCGGGGCCGGGUCGGGCAGCCAGGAUGACAGCGGGGGAGGAGACGCGAGGGGCGGCGAGCCGAGGGACGCGGCAGGCAGGCGCAUUGCACCCAUCUUCUUGCUGGGUCGUCGCUCUACCGGCACGGCCUCAGCAGCAGCAGCUGCUGCAGCGGCCACUCCAGGGGCCGGCAAGGGGAAGGUGGGCACGGCGGCAGCGGCGCCUGCAACGGCUCCGCUGCCGCAGCGUGCUACGGCGGUGCGUGCGGCUGCUGCCGGCAAGCGGAGUUACCGGGAGGUGUCGGAAGAGGAUGAGGAGGAAGAGGAUGGGGAUGGCGAGGAGGGCCGGAGGCGACCUGCCAAGAAGCAGACCACCACCACCACCCCCGCUGCUGCCGCGAAGACCAAGACGCCUGCUGCUGCAGCCACCGCUGCCAAGUCACCUGCAACAGGUCGCGGCAAGAAGGCUGCUGCUGCUGCUGUCGGCGGUGGCGGUGGUGGCGGUGUGAUUACCAUUGACGACAGCGAUGAAGAUGGAGAUGGUGCGGCGAAGGCGAAGGCGGGCAAGGCUGCUGCCGGCGUCAAGUCGCCGGGCGGGGCGCGUGGAGGCAAGCGGCAGACGGCGGCGCCUGUGAUUGUGCUUGAUGAGGAGGAAGAGGAG